AUGUCUGACGCCAAGGCUUUGCCCACUUGGUGCCUGCCAGGGGAGAUAUUCAAGACGACCUUUGAGGGCGUGUUCGGAUUCUACCCGGUCGAUACUCGUGGAAAACCUCUCUGCGGUGACGCUCUCGAUGCAAACCUAGCAGGACCAGGACUGGAAACCACAACAGCCACAGGGGCAAAACGCCUCGACCACAACAACCCUAAUGAUACCAGUUCAGGAAAAGGGCAUCAUCACCAGCAACACCACGGUCACCACGGUCUUGGCCACCAGCAACACCAUAGUCGCAGUCGAACCCACCCUCACAGAACGGCACCAUCGUCGUUUGAUGCACACUCUACUUCUAGUCAGCCAGGGCCACAUUCGCUGACGCGGCUGGUCAUUACCAACUUCCGCUUGUGCUCGCUACCGCCCUUGGUUGCUGACCAGGACUCUAUCCGCCAACAAGUCACUCUCGGAUCGAUUGCGUCCCUGACUAUGCAGGGGUGCCAGAUUACGAUCACACUCAAGUUCGAUUCGACUCAGUACAUCAUUUCCCAGGCACCUCAGGGACCUCCACAAAUCGUCGACGUGCUGACUACACUACGACGAGUUGUUUUCAACGAGGACACCAAGCCUCGAUUUCCUUUCUUGAUGGGCUGGGAACUCCUGGGUGCUGACACGAAGGAAAGUUCGAGUGUCAUUUCUGGAAAGUUGCAGCAUGCCAGCAAUACCAGGAAGAGCUCCUUAUGGACGGCGGAGGAUAUUAUCGCUCCAUUAUCAGACAGCGAGACGGAGCAACCGGAUCAGCAGCAGAAGAAUGGUUCUCAGACGAAAGGAUCGCAAAGGACGAUAACGCUGGGAUGGGAUGGCGGGUUCAACCUACGACAGGAGUUUGAUCGACUACAGUAUGACAAGAACCUCUGGACCGUGGCGCAUGUCAACGCUGACUAUGAGUUAUCGCCAACAUACCCUGAGGGAUUCAUCAUGCCUGCUGCAUUCCUAGGACUCGACACCAAGCCAUAUUCAAACAGUCAAACGACAAGGUUACCACCAAAAACGGGAUUCAGACCACAAGGACAAUCAGCAGGACCCAAUGCCCAUACCCAGUACCCUCCAGCCCCACAUCGAUACCCUCCAGCCCAGCCAUCUCUUUUACAGCCCGAGGAUUCAGACGCAUGUCUCCGACAGCUUGCAGCUUUUCGAUCCAACAAGCGUUUCCCUAUUAUCUGCUGGAAGGCUCCCGAUAGUGGACUUGUUUUGAUGAGGAGUGCGCAGCCCAUGGUGGGCUUUCUGGGAGCUCGUGGCCCGGAAGACGAACUGUACAUCAGGACGGUGCUCAACACGGCGUGCAGGGAGCAUCAACUCUUGCAUGAGAACAAGAUCACGCCGAGGCUAUGUAUCAUGGACGCUCGUGCUUACUCCUCCGCGGUAGCUAACGGAUAUCUUGGUGGAGGACGUGAGAAUCCAGCCCUUCUCAAGGCCGUCUCCGCUCACGCAGACUCGCCCAAUUGGUACGCAGUGAUUGAGUCGACAGGAUGGCUCACACAUGUGGCAGACGUGCUCAAGGCUGCUGCUGGGCGUGACGGAGUUGUUGGAAAGAUGCUUGAAGGACAGUCCUCCGUUCUUGUGCAUUGCACGGAUGGUUGGGACAGGACAACACAGCUGGUCUCGUUGGCUCAAAUUCUUCUCGACCCAUACUACAGGACGAUCAAUGGACUGCGGGUCCUCAUAGAGAAAGAGUGGCUCUCCUGUGGCCACCCGUUCCAUUCUCGGACAGAGGUGGCCCCAAAUCAAAAGAAACCAAGCACACCAACAGUGGACGAAGAGUCGUCAGAGUCAUGGAAGUUGGGCGCGAACGCGAUCCAUUCGAGUCCCAAUGGCGCUAAAGAGUCGCUUUCGUAUUCUCGAAAGUGGCUGAACCGCGUUUAUGGCGAGCAGGAGUCGCGACUGGAUCCAAAACCCAUACCGUCUUUUUCUUACCAUAUGGAGCCACCGCAACAACAACAUCAUUAUCAUCAUCAGCAGCAGCAGCAGCAGCAGCAGCAGCAGCGGGAGAACAUGUCUAGGCAGACUAGGACGCCAUUUUACGCCAACCACCCGUUCCCAGAACCUCUGAGCUCACAUCAGACAAAAGGGUCACCAGCCUUUUCGGAACAGGGGCCAUCACAGCAACAACAGCAAGGGCAUUCGACUACACCUGUCAACGCUCAGACAGUUCCUAUAUCGCCGUCACCGGUGUUCUUGCUCUUUUUGACCUGUAUCCACCACAUUGUUCAACAACACCCGAAUCAAUUCGAGUUCAACGACUACCUACUCCUUGUCCUCGCCCGUGCUGCAUCGGGGUUCUCGCCCUUUGGAGACUUUUUGUUCAACUCUGAGCGGGAGCGGGCUCAAGAGCGAUUACGGCACCGGUCUCCGUCUAUCUGGAAAUGGAUCCGUCGGAACCGGGGGUGGUUUACGAAUCGCGAUUUCAUACCCGACGAUGCGCCGAUUACGCAGAGUGGCUCAUCAUCAUUGGGAUCGUGGAGGGAGAAGGUUCUGCAGGUUCAGACAGGCGGGCGGUAUACGACACUUUGGUCCGAGUAUUACUUCAACACCACGCCUACUUGGUACCCUGACACGCGGACAGUGUUGUCAACCCCGCUUUAUCUCUAUGGGCGGAAAGGGAGGGAGGCGCAUCAGGUCUUGCGACGGCAGCAACAACAGCACCAUACAGACAAUCUGGCCAACUCGUGGUGGUCAAGUCGAUUUGAUCAGAACCAACUGCAGAUGCUCACUUUUCCGGGGCUCUCGCCUCAACAGCAGCAUCAUACUCGAACCCCACUCCCAUCCUUGGCGGACUGCCCAGUGGCAGCAAGGGUGACCACGAUCCCUCCUGGGCUGGCACUUUUGAGAGGCGAGGAGAUGUAUACUUAUUACAUGCUGGCGCAAUAUCUGCGUGCUACGCGGAGAAGGCAGGUUGAGAAGGCGCUGUUGGCGUGGCGGGAAUGGACCAAGGAGCGAAAGGAGACCAAGUCUGUGCAGGAGGCUGGGUGGGUUCUGGGUGGUGUUUCUGGAGAGAGUAGUGGUCAGGAGGAUACUGCCCUGGAUCACCGUGAUGGUAGUGGGGAUGAUGAGGAUGAGGAUGGUAGUGACAGCGAUGACCAGGUAACUGCGGGAGUCAACAACCGUACUUUGCCGCGAUCCAAGAAACGUUCUUCUGUUCGUCGUUCUCCACCAGAGCUCAAGAUUGUCGCUGCGCGCAAAGGUAUCCAGUCCGAGAUGGAGCGGAUCAUGGAGGGUGGACCGUUCUUUGGCAAGGGUCCCGUUCAGCACGAAGACGAGACUGACGAAGAACCAGAGCCAGAGCUAGGGCAAUUGAGUAUAGAAGCGGGGAUGAAAAUUGCUGCAGGGACGAGGAUGGAGAACCUGAAGGAUAUCCGACUAGAGGUGAUGACGGAUCUGAAUGUGGAUGACCUGGAUGAGUCGUUUGAUGACUUUGGGUUCCCUGUUAGUCUUGUCCAAGUCAAUACCGCUGCCGUCGCCAAGGUGUGA